AUGAGUACUCUUAGUUGGAACUGCCGGGGAUUGGGUGGCCCUAGGACAGUUCGAGAACUAUUGGGCUUUGUGUCCGCUAAACGACCCAACUUUUUCUUCCUCAUGGAGACAAAGGCUAAAAUGAAUCAGUUAGAGCAGUUACGUUCUCGUUUGGGAUAUGAAGGUUUACUUGGUGUUGAUAGAGUUGGUUUAGGGGGUGGUCUAGCCCUCCUAUGGCAGAACUCGGAUAUGGCGGAUCUUCUUAGUUAUUCGAAUAAUCAUAUUGACGUUGUUGUGAAUGUUACUUCAAAACCGCCUUGGCGCCUUACAUGUUUCUAUGGAUAUCCGGAGCGGGCAAGGAGACAGCAAGCAUGGGAUUUUCUCCGGGAUUUAAAGCGUCGAUCAUCCCUCCCUUGGGUUGUUAUCGGCGAUUUUAACGAUCUUGCAUGUCACUCUGAAAAAAUAGGCGGUGCUGGUCAUCCGGAAAAUCUUAUUCGUGGUUUUAAUGACGCGCUCCAGGACUGUGAAUUAUUUGACUUGGGCUACCGUGGUUAUGGCUUCACAUGGGAGAGGGGUCGGGGUACUGAUCAUUGGAUUGAAGAACGGCUCGAUAGGGCAGUGUGCACCCCAGAUUGGCGCGAUUUGUAUAAUGAUGCUUCUGUUCUUACUUUACAUGCAAUCUCUUCGGUUCACAGUGCGAUUUUUAUGGACUUGAACAGUCGCAAUAUCCGUCAUCCCCCCAGGCGGUUUAAAUUUGAGGCUGCAUGGCUACUUGAUGCAAACUGUAAACAAGUGGUCGAAGCAUCAUGGUGGCAGUCUGCUGGCUUAGAUUUCUAG